GGAACGCUCCACGAGCUUAGAGACGGAGAAGUCAUGCGAAAGUAUGCUCUAUACGGAAUUGUUGUUAUUUUGCUGACACUAACUGAUCAAGCAGACUUGAAGAGGACAGACCCCUGUGGCGGCAAAUCGGGUGUGGUGACCACUUCCAAAAGUGCCGCAACAGCAGCCAGAAUUAUGGCCAAGUGCGGAAACAGACUGGCCUUGAAGUUCAACAUAUCUGCUGACGCCGUCCUCAAGAUUCUACCAAAGUGCUGCAUCAUUGCCCAUCUCUGCUACUCUCAAGUUCAGGGCACUGUCAAGAAGACGAUGCAAUCGGACCUCGUUAAGUGCGGAAGGGCAUAUUCACUUUUCAUGGCUUCAGCUUUUCCGGAGGUGCUAAAAGUUCCCGUAGAAGAUGUUGAAAGAAUGUUUAAGCAGAUUCAGCGUUGUAUCGGAGCGGACAUUCCACUGGACAAGCACAUCAUGUUGGGCAUGAUCCGUUACGUCAGAGGCAUCUUCUUCGUUGCCUGAAGACGUUCCUACUCCGGGGUCUCUUCAUGGCAGCAAAAAUGAAAGAACGGUGGUGGACACGCGGACGGUCUUUAUGGCGGAAAAUAAACUGGCUCUGAU